UUUGCGUUCAGGAACCUUCUUCCCUGAGACCCCUCAUCUCUUCCCCCGCUAGCUGUACAAUUUCAAAUUUAAGUAAAUAUUCGAGGACCUUCUGAGUCACUCGGCGAUGGUACACCGAUACAGUAGCUGGCGCCCAAGUUCUUAUUUUUGUGUUAUAUUUCGUACCGGAAAGCCCUCCCUGCUCCCCCUGUCCCCCUACACCCCUUCCCAAUGACCAGUUUAAAGAUCUCCGACACCGCAUGCUCCCAAGCGAGCACCCGAGUGUAUUGUUUUAACUGCGUGCCUAGUUUAGUAUUGCGUGUUUUAAAUAUUCGCUGAUGUGUUUUCUUUUCUUUUCUUUUCCGUUAUCUUUGGAGCUUAUUUUCUUUUCUGUUCAUCUUUUUAUCCGCAUUGUCUAUUAAUUACAUUUUGUCACAUAUAUACCGCGUUCCCUUUCUUUUCGUGUUCCGUCCCUUUCGCGAUAGCCGUGUUUAAGAGACCCUCGGUGGAAAUAACCACCCAGUACGUCACAAUAUAUAAAUUACUCUGGACGAAAUGAAAUCGAAAAACCAUACAACACGAUAGAAGCAAAACCUCGGAGGAUGUUCAAAAUCCAUAUGACGAUUCUAAAGCGUGACAUAAAUAACAAGGUCUUCGAGGAAGAAAAUAAGCCAAGCACAUCAUAUAUACUCUUUUAUAUUUAUAUGCAUUGUGACAUGGUAGAUUUUACUCCGUCAGGUCGUCGGUGGGAACUGUAGUGGUACGAGGGAAAACGCGAAAUUAGAAAUGAAUCCAGGCAAGAUCCCACCACCUCAAGGGCCCGCGCUGUUAUGAAUUUGCUAUUUCUGAUUUUGUUGUUUUAUUUUUACUAUGUCCCAUGCCGGGAAUAUUAUAUUCGCUGGCUUACCAAAUCUCGAGAAGACCCAGCGAGGAAUCAUCAACGUAAGAGGAACCAGGACGAAAGGCUGAGUGACGUCAGGGUGCCAGCGGGGCCCUAGGUGCGCGCGCUGUUGCUUACCGCACCAAUCACCUCACGACUAGGAUCAACUCUAUGCACGAUAUCACCCGAGUUACAUGAACUGGUCUACGCGUACCGAGUAACUAGCAGAGAUCUACGAACGACGGAGCACCUCCAACGCACCACAACCCGUGAAGGAAGCCCGCCGCUAUCGACAACAGGAACGAAGACUCGCGAACUGAGAAUCCGGGGACCCCUGGUGAACCGUUGCGAAUUCCUAUGGGACGCAGGAGUUCAUCGCGGAACAGCCUGUUAGCGCUGUUCCCAAAUUGUAUGUAUUGUCGCGAAGACACACUUUGAUAUUGGCGCAUAGUGUCAUAUUGGCGAUUUUUGAUUGGGGCCGAAGGACCAAUUAGAAGUGGUUACGAAUAAGGGAAUGGAUGAUGGUCUUAGGUGCUGCCGAUUACGAUUAAAAAGGAAGGCUAAUUCCUUCUUCUUGCCUGGACUGUCGACAACGCAAGUCGUCUUUUUGAGCCGUUUCGGUUUUUUCGGGGGUUGAAGUCUGAGGAGAAUCAGGAGGUUGAAGAAACGAGGUCGUGUUUUCGAAGUGUCGCGAUUAGAUCGCGUUAUAUUGUAGAAUCGACUGAUGUAUUGAAAUUGUAUGUAUUUGAAAAGUAUAGCGAAUUGUUCGAAAGUAUGUAUGGAAUUUUGAAAUGUCGAAAUUGUAUCGAAUCGUGCGAAAAUAUUUAUUGAAUUCGGGAAUGUGAAAAUUAUAUCGGAUUAUACGACCGUAUUUAUUGAUUUGUAUAACUUUGACUGCGCGGAAUAGAUCGUAAAAAUUGUUCACAGAAAUUUAGUAUGACACUAGUUAGAAAUAAAAAUGACAUCAUUUUUGGCGCUUUAGACCCUCACAACUUUUGUGAACGAUUUUUGGUGUUUUAGUCGCGAUCUUAUUGCGUUUGCUAUUUAUUUCCGAAAUUGGUGAGUUUGAAAGUUUUGUACACGCGUAGGCGCAUUAAAAGUUGACGCACGAAAUAAAGACUGAUUUUGUUAUUGUUGACCCAAAAAGCCGAUGUAUUAUUUUUGUUGGCGCUGUCCUUGAUUUCAAAGAUCCUCGACGCCUCCGCGUAGCUAAGGUUAGCCAAGAGAGGCACGAAUGACCGAUUUGUCCGUGGUUCCCGUUUGGAAUCUGGCACCUAACAACAGGAUUGUUAGUUAGAGUUUAGGAUAUGUUAACCCCGGGUUGCCUGGAACGCGAAGGAAUCGCAUAAGUUGUGCGCCGGUCAGUCUCACAUCUCCCGACGAGACUCGAUUGUAAAAAUACAUAUACGCCGUACCAUAUGAUAUGUUUAAUGUUAGAAAUAAUUAUAUGUAGAGUAUGAAUGAGGAAACAUGUAUAUGAAUAGUUAUUAUAUUUAAUUAAAUAUGAAUUAUUACACGGAAGCAAUGAUUAUAUAAAAGAUUUCUUGGUUAAAAUUUGAAUCCAAUUUGUAUAUUUAAUUUCUGGGUAAAAUAUAUGUAUUUUUUAUUUCACUAAUAUGAUAAAAAUUAAAUCUAAUUAUUUAUAAUGUUGAGAAACAUUAUAAAACUAGUUGGAAAUUGGCGAGAACAUUGGCGAAAACAUGUCCACUUUGUUUUUUUGUCUGGUCUUCGACUAAGAUCUGACAAUUAUAUACUAAAAUAGGAAUAACUAAGAUAUUCUCGAUGAAAAUCACUAGUCAAUAAUUACGUAGUAUUUUCUAGUGAGAUUUCUACUUGGACGAGUGGUCAACUAAUAAUGAUCUAAAUAGACCUAAAAAUGAUGGCCUUGUCACGUGCCGUGCCUUUUUGAACUUGGAUCUCGCACACACAUAUAUGCAAUAGAGAAACCACGCGAUCUCGGAGAUGCCGACUCCAGCAAUAUGUGAGGAAGCUAGCUUCCGGUCUUAUCGCACCAAGAACGUGCCGAAACGUGUGAACUGAAAAUUCCAGGAUUCACGCGAGCGGGUAAAACCGCUAAAUUAGUAAGAUUUGCCCCUACCUGUCCACCUACUUUCAGCAGAAAGUAGGAUGGAGCAGGGAAGGCAAAUUAGUCUCUAGAUAUACACCAGAGCGCAUAGUUCGGGCUGGAAUAGCUCCUCACAAAUUGCAUCGCGCGGCGGCUAUCAUUCUCACGGGAAUUCCGCGUACUGUUAUCUAUCGCCGUUUGUAAGUCGAUUAAGACGUAUCGAACCCUACGAGUUGCACGCGUAGCGUAUUAGUCAAUGUGAGUUUAGAUAGUAGUAUUCUGAUUUUUGAGACAAACAAUAUUGUCGUGUAGUUUAAGUGAUUACCAAAGUGAAGGAUCCCGAGUCAUGAGAAGAAGAAUUGCCAACACCAAGGCAGCGUGGGCGUCUAACGUUGCACGCCGAAUAAACGUAUGAGAAAAGAAGAAGCAGAAAAACAAAAAUGCCUGUCGGUGGCCGCGUCGCGGGAAAAGUUGGAAUCUAUAAUUCCCACUACAAUGGACGCAGCCAUAGUGGAAUAAAUGAAGAGAUCAUCUGGAUCAGCAUCGGAAUGGGAAUUACAAUAGCGUUAUUGAUCACUAUAGCACUGUGCUACAUCGCACGUGAAAAGUGUCGAAAACGGCAUGAAAAUUAUUUCAAUACCUGACAUUUGAUUCUGCCGCCUUCAUGGGCGGCGCCACUAAUGCCGCCAGCAAGGAUUUUUACCAGCCGGACACAAUCCAACAGCAGUCCACGGGUGUAUUAUAUAACAGUUUAACAUCAAUCUAAUGAACAAUGGCAUAGUGGUGCAAUUUCAACGCGACGAAAUCUAUCACAGGAUGAGGUGGCAAAAUUAUGGACCAAGUAUACAAAAAGUACUCUUCAUUUACUUUCUAAUAUAUUACAAACCCACACUGAGGAAAAUAAAAAUGUUAUCUAUCACUUCA